AUGGGUGGUCCUCCAAGCGCUAAAACAUAUAUGGGAUGGUGGGGUCAUAUCGGUUCUCCACGUCAGAAGGGUAUAACAUCAUAUGCCGUAUCUCCAUACGCUCAAAAGCCUUUAGCUGGUAUCUUCCACAAUGCAUACUCUAACACUUUCAGAAGAUUUAAGUCGCAGGUAUUAUAUAUAUUGAUCCCGGCCGGGAUAUACUAUUAUUGGUGGAAGAAUAGUAGCGAAUAUAAUGAGUAUUUGUACACUAAAGCAGGAAGGGAAGAACUUGAAAGAGUUAACGUCUGA